AGCUCACAUCCACACAUGGCUCCUACAAUCACUGCAGCAACAGGCCUCUCUCAGGACCACCUCAGCCUCUCUCACAAGAUGAGAAAGCCUGUGGUGGAGAAGCUGCGCAGAGAGAGGAUCAACAGCAGCAUUGAGCAGCUCAAGUCUCUCCUGUGUGCAGAGUUCCUCCAACAGCAGCCGGACUCCAAGCUGGAGAAAGCAGACGUCCUGGAGAUGACCGUCACUGUGCUCACAUGUCUGCAGCAGCAGCACAAGACACACUUCCUGUCCCAGAGCCUCAUGAAGAGCUCUCAGCAGAGCCACUGCACUGAGCUGCACAACCACAGCAGCAACUGCAAAGACAAGAGUCCAGUGAGCAGCGCCCCCUGGAGGCCAUGGUAGAGCCUGCACCUUGCUCAGACUGACAGUAACUAUAGACCACACUGGUCUGAGAUCCUCAGAGUUCUUUUGCAUUUAAAAAUCUCUGGGACUGAUGUUUUAUUUUAAAUAGGAAAUGUUGCAUUUCCUGUGGAAAUGUUGGUCAAGACUGGACUGAAGAUAUUUGAAUUCAAGAAGUUCUUCAACUGAUAAGUUGUGUCUGAUUCAAGACAUUUUCUUCUGAGUUAGCAGAAGUCAUGGAUUGUCAACAAUAUAUUUCCUAUGGAAAGCAUUUGACAUAUUUAACUUUCAUUUGAAAGACACUUUGUCAUACAUGUUGUAUGAAUCUAAAUGAUUGUCUGUUGUUUUAAACAAAAGCAAAUGCCGCACAUUAGUUUUAUAAUGUGGGCAUGUUCUGCUGUAUGUUUUUUUUUUUUCUCUCUGAGAAAAGCUGUGCAUGAUCCAGUGUAAACUUGGUCAGAUAUAUUUUAUAUUGUAUUUGCUCCUUUGAUUGUG